CAGCCCGCGGCGGCCUCGGAGCGCGGCGCGGCCAGACACUGACCGCUCCAGCGUCCAGGCUCGCUCCUCCGGGCGGUCUCCUCCGCGGCCUCGGCCUCCGGUCCCCCACUUCCCAGAGCCAUGCGCCCCCCGGGCCGCGCCGCCUCCCCACGGCGGCUGCUGCUCGGCCCUCUCCUCUUGCUACUGGUGCUGCAGCUGCCCGCGCCGUCGAGCGCCUCCGAGACGCCCAAAGCGAAGCAGAAGGCGCCGAUCCGGCAGAGGGAGGUGGUGGACCUGUAUAAUGGCAUGUGUUUACAAGGGCCAGCCGGGGUACCAGGUCGUGAUGGGAGCCCUGGGGCCAAUGGCAUUCCUGGAACCCCUGGGAUCCCAGGUCGGGAUGGAUUCAAAGGAGAAAAGGGAGAAUGCCUAAGGGAAACCUUUGAGGAAUCCUGGACCCCAAACUACAAGCAAUGUUCAUGGAGUUCUCUGAAUUAUGGCAUAGAUCUUGGAAAAAUUGCAGAGUGCACCUUCACAAAGAUGCGUUCCAACAGUGCUCUCCGAGUUUUGUUCAGUGGCUCACUUCGGCUAAAGUGCAGAAAUGCAUGCUGUCAGCGUUGGUAUUUCACAUUCAAUGGAGCGGAAUGCUCAGGGCCUCUUCCCAUUGAAGCCAUAAUUUAUUUAGACCAAGGGAGCCCUGAACUGAAUUCAACAAUUAAUAUUCAUCGUACUUCUUCUGUGGAAGGACUCUGUGAAGGGAUUGGUGCUGGAUUGGUGGAUGUUGCUAUCUGGGUUGGCACUUGUUCAGAUUAUCCAAAAGGAGAUGCUUCUACUGGGUGGAAUUCAGUGUCUCGCAUCAUUAUUGAAGAACUACCAAAAUGAAUCCUUUCUCAUUCCCUACCUCUUUUUUAAUUUUACAUUGUCAAAUGGUUCAUUUAAAUGACAUUUAAAAAUCACUUUAUGUAUACAUCUGAAUGAAAAGCCGUACAUGUUUACAGACCAAAGUGUGCUUUUACACCGUUGUAACAUUAGUAUUUUUUUUUUUCUGGUCCUGGGGAUUGAACUCUGGGCUUGGGCAGUGUUCCUGAGCUCCUUUUUGCUCAAGGCUAGUGCCACAGUGCCACUUUCAGCUCUGUGAUUCACUGGAGACAGUAUCACAGAUUUUCCUGCCUGUGUUGGCUUUGAACCAUGGUCUUCAGAGCUCAGCCUCCUGAGUAGAUAGAAUUACAGCUAUGAGCCACCAGCACCUGGCAUAGUAUUAUGUAUUUUUACUUCAAGUAAAAAUACUAUGCAUACUUUUUUUUUCAUAUUCUCAAUGUGGUCUUUAGAUUUUCUUAGUAUAGCAUUUGAAAAAACAUAAGUUACUAGUCUUUGUAUAAGUCUUCAUGUAAAUGUUUAGAAUUGUUUUAUAUCCUGUCAAAUAAAGUUAUUUCAAACAACUUUACCAUCUUGAAACUAGCUGCCACAAAGACUGGAGUUUCUAGUACUUUUUACCUAAAAGGUUAACCAUAAAUGUAAUUUGUAUUUAACAAUUUGUAUGGGGU